GCUGACACCAAGCGUCCUGCGCUGUGAUUGGCUGAGAGGCUGAGAGGCCGUGCGCUGUGAUUGGCUGAGAGGCUGGAGGUCGAUCACAUGGACAUAAAUAAUAUUAUUUAAGUAAAGAGCUUAUAUUUAUAAAAAGAAGAAAAUGUAUUGAUCAGGUUCAUCUGGUCUCUGAGUGUUUCCAUGGAUACCAGGUUCAAACCAAGUUUUGUGUCCUGCAAUCACCAAUCAGAUCAUUGACCAGUCAGAUCAUUGACCAAUCAGAUCACAGACCAAUCAGAUCACAGACCAAUCAGAUCAUUGACCAAUCAGAUCACAGACCAAUCAGAUCACUGACCAAUCAGAUCACAGACCAAUCAGAUCAUUGACCAAUCAGAUCACAGACCAAUCAGAUCACAGGACGGCCUUAUAGUUUGAACUCUGCUCUCCAUGGAAACCGGGCAGUGAUGGACUCUAGCACCUGAACAUGACCUCACAAGUAGAUGGAUUAGACUCCACCCCCUUCCAUUCACCUGAGAUAGUGACAGAGUGAGACGUGUUAGCCUAGCAUAGCACUGCUAGCUCCUCCCUGCAGCAGAUGGAGUUUUAUUUGAGGUACAUCUGAUCUGAUUGGUGGAAGAGUUCAGGUAAACGAGGUCAGUUUAAACAUUCAAACAGCUAAUGAAUAAAAUCACCUGGUUGACUUCGAUGGUACAAAGCUAACCCUUGUAUCUCCAUGGUAACCAAUGCCAUCACCUGCUGUUAGAGGUAAAACACUUGAAGUUCAGACUCUAUCAGCUGCUUCAGUCACGUCAACAUUAAUAUUAAUAUGAAUUAAAAACAUGAUUCACUUUCAUCCAUAUUAUUAAUAAUAAUGAUAUCAAACGAUAUUAAUAUUAAUCUUGACUUGAAGCCUUUGAUGUGGUUAUUUUUAUGUUUCACUUCCUGCAGAUGAAAGAAUAAAAUAAAAGUAAACAUGCCUCUACAGUGACAUGAGAAGUUUAAAUUCAUUUUAUUUAAGAUUCAGCUCAUGACCAGAAAACUCCUCAUGACAUCGAGAUCUGAACAAGUGUUGAACCAAGAAACCUGAGAGGAACUGGUUUAAAGUCAGACUAACCUUCGUCUGAACUGGUUUAAACUGGUCUGAAACUGGUUUAACCUGGUCUGAACUGGUUUAAACUGGUCUGAAACUGGUUUGACUUGGUCUGAACUGGUUUAAACUGGUCUGAAACUGGUUUAAACUGGUCUGAACUGGUUUAACCUGGUCUGAACUGGUUUAAACUGGUCUGAAACUGGUUUAACCUGGUCUGAACUGGUUUAAACUGGUCUGUAACUGGUUUAACUUGGUCUGUAACUGGUUUAUCUUGGUCUGAAACUGGUUUAAACUGGUCUGAACUGGUUUAACUUGGUCUGAACUGGUUUAACCUGGUCUGAAACUGUUUAAACUGGUCUGAAACUGGUUUAAACUGGUCUGAACUGGUUUAAGCCUGUUAUAUAGAUGUUAAAAUAUCCUCAGAUGAUUUUAUUUCUUUGACCUGAAAUGAUGCAAACACAACAUGAUUAUUGUACAAAGUGCAGAUGAGAAAUAAAUGCAAUAAACAGACUGCAUGUGUGAAACAACUUGUCGUGUUAUGACUAAUCCGACCAGAUCUCCAUCAGCUGAUGGGUUGGUGCUUAAAGUCAAUGAAACAUGUAAAUGAGUUCAGGUCCGACCUGAACAGGUGUCUCAGGUGGGUCUAAAACAUUAAAAAUGAGUCAGACCUUGGUUCUGGUGCGUUUGGAGUGAUUCCUGUUUUACCUUCUGAUAAACCUGCCUCUGCACAGGUUUUAGUGCUUUUGAGCCAGGCUGGAACAGGAGGGUUAAGUCUCUGUGACGUUUAAGGUGAGACUCGUUAGACUGAGACUUGUUGGAUGAAUCAGAGCAGGUGGACAGAAGCACCUGUCUGGGACUGGGACUGAUCAUGAAGUGCUGACACCUGAACAGGUGAGGAGCUUCUGUCACAUGGGUUUAUUCCUUGAAAGCCAGUUGAGGUCCACACCUGGUUUUAGGGUUCACCUUCGAAUCAUGUCAUGGUCAAAGUCCUCACAAAGGCAGAAAACACACGUGCGUGAUGGUUAAUAAUCAGUUGUUAAUCUGAGUGGACUUCAACCAGAAACACUAAACCACGGCCAGUCUCCGUCUUCAGUGUCUGUCCAGGAGUCAAACAGCUGCAGGUGAAAUGGAGGACGAGCGUCAGAGCCAAGAUAACCUGGGAGAAGAAAAAAACAAAAACAAUCGGCCAAUGGGAGCGCAGAGGGCGGGGUCCGACAUGAUUUACACAAUCGAAGACGUCCCUCCCUGGUACCUGUGUAUUCUUCUGGGACUUCAGCAUUACCUGACAUGUUUCAGCGGUACUGUAGCUGUACCGUUUCUCCUGGCCGAGGCCAUGUGUGUCGGUCAAGACCAAAGCACCAUUAGUCAGCUGAUUGGAACCAUUUUCACCACGGUGGGGGUCACGACUCUGAUCCAGACCACGAUAGGAGUCAGACUUCCCCUCUUCCAGGCCAGUGCGUUUGCGUUCCUGGUUCCUGCUCAGGCGAUUCUCGGUCUGGACCGAUGGAAGUGUCCCAGCGAAGAGGAGAUUUAUGGGAACUGGAGUCUUCCACUGAACACCGCACACAUUUGGCAGCCUCGCAUCAGAGAGAUCCAGGGAGCCAUCAUUGUUUCUAGUGUGGUGGAGCUGGUGAUUGGUCUCUGUGGGUUACCUGGGUUACUGUUGGAGUACAUCGGUCCACUCACCAUCACUCCAACCGUCUCUCUGAUCGGCCUGUCUGUCUUCACCACGGCCGGAGACCGAGCCGGGUCCCACUGGGGUCUAUCAGCACUGUGCAUUUUGCUGAUCGUGCUUUUUGCUCAGUACCUCAGAACGACAUCACUUCCUGUUCCAUUUUACAGCAGAAAGAAAGGACUGACCUCCACAAGAGUCCAGAUCUUCAAGAUGUUCCCUAUAAUUCUUGCCAUCAUGGUGGUUUGGCUCGUCUGCUACGUUCUGACUCUGACCGACCUACUUCCGAGUGACCCCGACCGUUAUGGGCACAUGGGUCGGACCGACGCUCGUGGGGACAUCAUGACGGUCUCCCCCUGGUUCAGGGUACCUUACCCUUGUCAGUGGGGGUUGCCGGUGGUAACUGUUGCCGGGGUGAUGGGAAUGUUGAGCGCAACCCUGGCCGGGAUCGUGGAGUCGAUUGGUGAUUAUUACGCCUGUGCUCGCUUGUCCGGGGCUACGCCCCCUCCAGUGCAUGCCAUCAACAGGGGAAUCUUCACUGAGGGGGUCUGCUGCAUCAUCGCUGGUCUUUUAGGGACAGGAAAUGGCUCCACCUCCUCCAGCCCAAAUAUUGGUGUCCUGGGUAUCACCAAGGUGGGAAGCAGGCGGGUGGUGCAGUACGGAGCCGGCAUCAUGUUCCUCCUGGGAUCAGUGGGGAAGUUCACAGCUCUUUUUGCCUCACUGCCAGACCCCAUCCUCGGAGGAAUGUUCUGCACCCUGUUUGGUAUGAUCACAGCUGUUGGUCUGUCCAACCUGCAGUUCGUUGAUUUGAACUCGUCCAGAAAUAUUUUUGUUCUUGGGUUCUCGAUGUUCUUCGGUCUGACGUUGCCGACGUAUUUGGACUCUCAUCCCAACUCCAUCAACACAGGUCUUGAAGAACUGGAUCAGAUCCUGACAGUUCUUCUGUCCACGGAAAUGUUUGUUGGAGGUUUUCUGGCUUUUUGUCUUGACAACACCAUCCCAGGCUCCAGAGAAGAACGAGGGCUGAUUGAAUGGAGCUCCUCCUCCUCCUCCUCCUCCUCCUCCUCCUAUGACCUCCCUCUUGGGAUGGAUGUGAUCAGACGGACUCGUUGGCUCAGGCGCUUUCCCAUCAGCCCGUCCUUUACAGGUUUCAAGAUGUGCAGCAAACAGGAGGAGGAGAGCACAGAGGAAGCUGACGUCCACAUGUCCAGCACCAAGAUCUGACUGGAGGUGACGAGCAGCUUCUACAUCAACAUUAUUUCUGAGUUUAUUACAUUAAUUGAUUGAUAAUUAGGGUCAGAAGUUUCAUUAGUGAAUAAUUGUGAAUUUGUUCUUCAUGUUUGUCUUUUAUCUUAUCGGGAUUCUCAAGAGGUUUUUCCUGAACGCUGAAUGAAAUGUGUCUACAGAACGUCAGGUCCAUUUGGGUUUGGUUUCUUUUAGCUGAAGUUACAUAUAUGUUUUGAACAUGCUCUUAAAGAGUUUCAUAGUUUGCACAUCAAAACUGGAUGAAAGAAGGAUUUAUACUAUCACUAUUUUAUUAUUUUGUUGUUUCAUUAAGUUCCGGUCCUGAAAACCUUAAAAUAAUGUGUUUCACUGUUGACAAUAGUGCUACCUCUGAAAUAGAAGAUCUCACAACAUUUUAGUUUUCAAUUAUUUUUAUUUAUAAACACAAAAAAUAAAGUGGACUUCUAUUAAAUCAAGUGAGAUGCAAAAAUGUGAAAGCAAAGGGUUUUUAUACGUUCACUACUAUCGAGUCACAUCAUUCCUCUGAAUUUAUUAUGUUUUAAUCAAGCUACAAACAUGUCUGAAGGUCAAUCACAGAAUCAUCUGAUGCCUGAAAACAAAAUGGUUCCCAGUAAAGUGGUCGACCAAUGAAACACUGACACUAUGAUACUAAACAAAGUCAAACAAAAUGUUUUAUUUUUCAGUGUCUUUACAAAGUGAACUGAACUUGUUAAAUGUUCCUUCUGAAGUUUGUGAGAAAAAUAAAUGGAAUUAAAUUAA